AUCGCUCGCAGCCCAACACUGUAACCGGCGGAUGCAACACGUCCCUCAGACUCACCGGUGCUGAAGCUGCGCGCCUCCCGAAGAUUCCAGCAUCCCGCGUCCUUUCACAGCUACAGUAUGGAUCAAGAUGCCUUUUAUCGCCUGAUAAACUUCUCUUCGUUUUGUUUUGUCGCUUUGCUCAUCACGUUCGCAUCAUCUCGCGAUUUAACAUUCGUGGGAAUCGGUAACCUGACACAUCAACUUGGUUUUUGGUAGUUAUGCUUGGCAGUUUGACUCUCGCGCAACUGCGCUCAAUAAACUGACGCUUUUAUUUAGUUGCACUUCAGCAUCGCCAAAAAGCGCAGAGAGAUUUCUGGAGUGAAUCACCGUCUAAACACUCAGCUGGAGCAGAACCAGUGUCAUGGGGCCCUUACUCUGGGAAGGGCGCCUGUCAUGUUUUCUUCUCCAUGCUUCUGUUCUCCUGCUGCUCAGCAAGGGGGAGCGGAUGUGCCCUGUGAGUUGCCGCUGCGAAGGCAAGAUUGUUUACUGCGAGUCUGGCGCCUUUCAAGACGUCCCGGAGAACAUCUCUUUAGGGUGCCAGGGUCUAUCCCUGAGGUACAACAGCCUCUUGUUGUUGCUACCUUACCAGUUUGCUCACCUCAACCAGCUGGUCUGGCUCUACCUGGACCACAAUUCCAUCAGCGUAGUUGAUAGACUGGCUUUCCAGGGACUUCGCAGGCUAAAGGAACUAAUCCUAAGCUCUAACAAGAUUGCACAGUUGCAAAAUGGCACCUUUGAGACUGUCCCAAACCUUCGCAACCUUGACCUGGCCUACAACCAGCUAAAGGACUUGAUGCCGGGGCAUUUUCAUGGACUACGCAAGCUUCAGAAUCUUCACCUGCGAUCAAACAACAUCAAAAGCAUCCCUGUCCGUACUUUUAUGGAAUGUCGAAGCCUGGAGUUUCUAGAUUUGGGUUACAAUCGCCUACGGACUAUAACUCGUACAACCUUUCUGGGACUGCUCAGGCUGACGGAACUUCACCUUGAACACAAUCAAUUUUCCAGGAUUAACUUUUUCCUAUUUCCACGCCUCUUGAAUCUGCAGGCUCUUUAUCUGCAAUGGAAUCGCAUACGUUCGGUUGUCCAAGGUUUGCCUUGGACUUGGCACACUUUACAGAAAUUGGAUCUAUCAGGCAACGAGAUUCAAGUUUUGGAUCCGGCUAUUUUUAGGUGUCUGCCCAACUUGCAUACACUCAAUCUGGAGUCUAACAAGAUAAGCAACGUGUCCCAGGAAGUUGUUUCAUCGUGGAUCUCCAUUAGCACUAUCAACCUGGCAGGAAACAUAUGGGACUGUAGCUCUAGUAUCUGCCCUCUGGUGUCUUGGCUGAGAAACUUCAGGGGAACUAGAGAUGCCAGCAUUAUUUGCAGCACUCCCAAAUCCCUUCAGGGAGAAAGAGUCAUGGACGCAGUGAGGAACAACUCGGUGUGCGAGGAGAUAUUCACCGUGGAGCCGACCACGGAAUUAACUCUUCUUUUGACUACAACUACGACAACUCUUUAUGUAACAAAGCCACCCACAACCACCACUACAACCCCACGCACCACAACUAAACAUCUUUCUCAAGUUACCCACGUACAAAGAGUCACCCCAAAGGUUUUAUUCCCUGUUCAGUCCAACAACGAAUUCCUACCACCCCUAUCGGUAACACCUAGCAGCCUACCCUUCACCCCCGAACCUGAGUUUGAGCAUAUGACCUUCCACAAGAUCAUCGCCGGCAGCGUUGCCCUAUUUCUCUCUGUGUCUUUAAUCCUAUUAGUGAUUUACGUGUCGUGGCGACGAUACCCCAACAGCAUGAGGCAACUCCAGCAGCACUCCAUUAGACGCAAGCGCAGGAAAAAGACUCAAGAGCCUGAGCACAACAUCAACUCUCAACUUCAAGAGUAUUACCUAAGCUACAACCAUGCCAAUGCCGAGACCAUGGACUCUUUGGUUAACGGGGCGUGCACCUGCACCAUCUCGGGCUCCAGAGAGUGCGAGGUAUGACCUACCACUAAAAAAAACGCAUUCUCUGCACCAGGGAGUCUGAGAAUGCAUACACGUAUCCCAGACCACUGCCAGGGGCCUGGAUGGGAGACAUAUCCACAAUUCACUGAGGGGCCCGUGAGAAAUUGCACCACUGCCCAUUAUGAUUUGCAGCGGCUCAGAUAAAGCCUUUCCUGGAUUUUGCUUCAGCGCUGAGAAUUUUCCAACACAAAAGGAGAAAGAAUUAGGCUGAAUGGGUGGCACACAUCCUCAACCCCUCAUUUUGGACUCUUUUAAAUGUGGAGCAAGCGGAUACGGCAUCAAUUUGACACCCCCCCCAUACUCGAGUCAAACCGGUUUGGUUUUUACUUCAACCAACAAUAAACAUCCUCCACAAUGGGGCUUGCAAGCACGCAAAGCAAAUCCAUCCGUAAUGAACCAGCGAAAUGUUUCUCGACGCUGCCAUUGUUGCUGUAUGAUAGCUACUACCUGCUCUCUCCAAGGAAUCGACGCCCACCGUCCAAUCUCCCAUCCUGUUCAUCCUUUUGUGUUGUGUAGUGAUGUGACAAACUAUUCAUGCCGAACCAUCAGAAACGUCUCUCGUGAUCAGUGGACGGUAAUUGCUCAAUUGAGCACAACCCACGAGGAGGUUUCUGAGGACUACAUAACAACAGAAGAUAUUUUUGAAUGCUGUGAAAACAUCAUGAAGAAAAGCCUGUUUGCAAGGACUGUAACCUCACCACGAGUUCCCACUGUGAUUUGAUUUCAACCCUGGCUGACCUUGGACACACCACGGGAGAGUUGAAUUGUGGGUAUCGUAUGUGUCGUGAAUGUGCUUUUUUGUUCUCCAUUUAAAGCUGGAAUUUCCACUUUGCCUGGAUUUUUAGGAGUCCUUUCUCUUUGUUCAGACAGAAAAGUUAGCUGACUACUUUUGUAUGAGCACCCGAAUGUGAUGAAUCAAAGAGAGAUCGACUUCAUGUUUUUGAAACUCUUGCAUCCGGAUGCCUUUUUGUCGCUUGACAUCUGAUCAUCACUCUGGACGUUUUCUCUCAACACCAUCUUUAUUUUGUACUGCAAAUUUGGCAUGGCAUAAAACAGUGGUUCUCAACUAUUGGGCUGCAGGUCUGUUCUGAUCAGGGUCAUAGACACCUAAUAAAACGCAGCUAACCAUAUAAUCAUUCAUAGGUGAGACAGCAAAAUAAAUGCUUUUGUUUUUGGCGUCAAAGAUGUGUGCAAUCCAGCUCUACAGUAUUUCGGCACGAAUUCAUCCACUAGACAGAAUGAGAAGCCAAAAAUGAAAAGGCUGCAUGACAUAAUCCUCAAAAACCACGAGCAAACUACUAAACGUGAGGAAAAUAUGACCCACACUACAUUAAAUAUGGGUUCACAGGGUUUGUGUCGACCACAAUGUGUUUUAUAUGGUGAAUUUUUGUCUGUUUAGGGCAUCGUGCUUUAGAAACCAAAAUAGCUAGCUUUUGUCAUGUUAAUAAUUUAGUAUAUUGUUGGGUCUUAGCAUUUCUUGAAAAUAGUAUUAUUACAUUUUAAUGUUUGAAUUUAGGGACAUUUUUUACUUUUUGUACUGUAAAUAAUUUGGGUAUCAUGUCGAGUCACCACUUAAUUUCCGAUGCAAAAUCUGGGUCCUGUUGAGACUUCAAACCUUUCUCAGAUCUUCACACUUGGAUGACCAUAAUACAUUCAUCAUGUAACUAAAUGCAACCAGUACAUCAAUGAAUGAAUGCAAACGGACAGAAAGUCACGGGAAAGAUUCUGCACACCCACUGCCAUCUGUCCAAAAGCAUCCAAAAGCCCCUCUUGAUUGUUGUAUAAUCAUUAUAAUUACAUCCAUCAUAACUGGUUAACAUAUAUGCAGCUGUUUUUUUUCAGCCAGUAACAAGCUGAAUGAGAACUAAAACUGCCAAAGCAGAACAAAUGGUUAUUGCUUUUAGUCAAAGCUAUUAGCUAAAGAGAGCUGGAUUUAAGUUGGAGUAUACUCGCUCUUAAAAAUAAAGGUUUGUUAUUGGCAUUGAUGCGUCAGUGAAGAACCUUAAACUUCCUUGGAAAAUUUCCAUAAAAGGUCCUUUAUAGUGAAAUAAGGUUAUUCAGAUUAUUAAUAUGGUACCACUAAGGGGAAAAAUUGCUCAUUUAAGAACUUUUACCUGAAAGGUUCUUUGGAGAACCCAAAUGGUUCAAUGACAUCACUAUUAAAAACUCCUUUUGAAACCUUUAUUUUUAAGACUGUAGAAUCUUUACAUUCCACAAAACGUUUUUUUUAUAGUGGAAAAAGGUUCUGUAGUUUAUUAAAAUGUUUUUCACAGUAAGAAAAUAAUUAAGAACUGUUACAUGAAAGGUUCUUUGAGGAACCAAAAUUAUUCUUUAAAUGGCAUUGUGACACACAAAAACAAAUAAUAAUAAUUUUGGAACCUUUAUUAUUAAGAGCGUAAAUGGAUACCUUUGCUAAAAAUGUGAUGUUUUCACAUGUAAAACUGACCAGCCAGCGUGUUGCUAAGGUGUACUAAAUGGUUUCAGUACAAUGCUAUGGUGUUCUGGGUUAUUAACCCCAAUUCAUGAAGGCCCACAUGCAAGUCUCUAUGGUAUUUUGAUCUUUACAUUAAAGGCUUAGGUCCUUUCUUCAAUAUCUGAGGGAAUUUUUGGCCUGUUUGAUCACCUGCCAGGCAGAAAUCAUAAGUCAGAUCACUUAGAAAACUAACAGCACGUCUCUCCUCAACAAGCUGCGUGAUUUGUGGUAUCUCAUGCCCAAAGUACAAACGCUGAGGAUGAGCCACAAAUGGAUGAGUCACGCACAAAACCAGCUCUUAAUUCUGAGCAAUAGUGAGUUAGGUUUGCCUAUGCAAACUCCUCUGAGAAAAGAUGUAAAACAAACCACUGAAUUGUGUGCCAUCAUGUGUCCUUGUGAGAAAUGGCCACCCUUAAAGUCUCAUGUUAUCAGAUCUUCUUAGGGAGGGCUGCGUCUGCCAAGAACACACAAUCUAUCAAUGUCACUGCAGGGAUGGUAUGACUGUGGGGGUUUCUGUGCAAUUUACUUAGUAACAUUUCACAUCCUCUUGAAGAACAAGCCAAAUAAUUCACAGAUUUCAGAUUAGGAGGACAGCUCGCCCCGAUUUAUUGAUUUUUUUAGAAAUCCUUUAGUCAGAGGUAUAAUAAAAAUAACUAAAAAGGCCGUCUUGGUUGUUUAAUCAUGCCUCUCGGUUUAAAGAAUGAUGAAGUGUCUUCAUACCUCCCAAGAAAUGACUGGUCAAAUUAAAAAGAUUUUUUCCCAUAGUUCUCUGAAGCCUUUCACAUGUUUAUAUGCUCAGUAUGCAUGCACAUUUCUGUUAGCCAUCCACUUUUCAGUGUGCUCAACAACCUUGGGUUUCUAAAGCAAAACUAGGCUGAUGGGGAAAACGCAAAUGAUGCAAUUUGCUUCUCUAAGAGACCUCUAUUAGCUGAACAUGUUCAAGGCUCUGUACCAUUAUGACUGAACUGAAGUAGACAGAUGGUGAAGGUGUAAAUACUGAUUUGCAUUUUGAGCUCAUGUGUGAAAAGGGUCAAGGACAAAUUGCCCAGUUUUGCUCUCUCCUGAAUUGUCCUAAAUUUGAGGACAUGUCUUUUGAGUAAAAAUAGGAUUUUCAAAGCAUAGUUGUUCUUUAUGUUCUUACUAAAACAUAGCAAUGUUGUGAAGUUACAUUCUGUCUUUAUCUUUAUAAAGCUAGAAAUCCAACAGAACCAGAAAACUCCAUUUGUUGAUGUUUUGAACUUAAUUGAACUUUGAACAGAAUUUUUCUGUUUCCAUGUUAUCUGUUGAUUUUUCCAUCAUUGGCUCACAUUUAAAAACAAUUGAAGCCACGAUAAUGAAAAGCAAAUCAUAAAAGAAGAGUUCACCCAAAACUGAAAAAUUACUCACCCUCAAGCAAUCUAACAUGAAAUAUUUUUUUUCUUUUUUCUUCAGAACAGAUUUGGAUAAAUUUAGCAUUACAUCACACCAAUGGAUUCUUUAA